AUGGGUAGCAAAGCUUUACGUUGUGGCAACACAGGUGUUUCCAUUAAACCAGAAUGUGUAUGCUCCUUUCACAAUGUAUGGGAAGCAAUGUAUCAUGAUCAUUCCUCUUGUCCUGGUGAAGUGAAGUCAGACAAUGUUAGAUUAUUGAGAUCACCUUUCACUGCUGUGCAUACCAAUGAAGAUGAGCUGGAUAUUAUCACAAAACCUGUAUCGGAAGAAGUUAAAGUAGAUGAAAACUUUUCAAAAAGAGACAUAACAAGUACACCACAACAGGAUGAGGAUGCGGGUGAUUUCCUCCUUUUGGGGGAAACAAGUCCUGGGAACAUGGACAAUCUUAGUCAUAGAAUACGUGUGUCCAGUGCGCUGUUUGAUGUAAUGUCAGGUCAAUCAGAGAUUGACCAUCCACUUUGUGAGAUCAGGUGUGAUUGUCCACUUAGAUUCGAGGGGAUGUUCUGUGAAAAUAAAAUGGAAAAGGUUACAAGAAUUUGUGAUAGAAAUGAAAAUGCAUCGUCUCUUAAUUACCUGCAGAACUGUGAUAGAACAAAAAUGGACUGCAUUACUUACAGUGAAAAUAAACGAUAUACUUUCAAGUGUACUAAAAAAUCUGCGACAAUCCUACGAGGAAAAGCUGAAUUGCCAAUCUGUAGAGAAACAGAAAUAAAUACCACAGAGUUGAAUGCAGCGAUAACUCCAGAGGGUGACAUCAGACUGACCAAUCCUCAAUACACAUCAAGAGGCAAGUCAUUGACACCUACUCUUUCAUUCAUUUUAUUUCUUAGGGAAUACGAACUGCUGUAA